AUGGGCUUACCAUUUGGUUACCAACAGUCACCAACGUCAUUUUUUCCUGAACAAUUCGGUAGCAAUGCAUUUAAUUCACAAGAUCGAACACAAUUUUAUCAAUCUGCGCAAUCGAGAAGUCAAUCAUUGUCAACAUUCUUCAACCCUUACCCACAGGCGAGUGGACCUUUUACACCAGGUCAACUCCCAUCCUCAUCAUCUCGACUUCAGCAAGAUCAACAACCAUCGAAUACAUUUCAACCAUUCGGUCAGGGUGGUGGAAGUCAAGAUAAGACAAGUCGUCGACAUUCAAAAAAAGAUGAUACUCAAAGUCAGCGACAACGACAAACACCCGUUAUUGCCGGAUUCAAUGCUAAUACUGGCCAAGCUCUUAAAGAGCCACCAAAAACACAUGGGCAUCGAGAACAUCAAACUGUUAGUGGUAUCAAUUCACAAGAGGCGGUCAAUGGCUCAAUUUCAUCUUCUGUUCAACCAUUGACCAUCAUCAGAGAAACAACCAGGCGCAAGCAGAGUCCUCAACAAUCACGGCCCACUUCUCAUGAUCCGUAUGUUCAUAUUCAAAUAAGUCUCAUCCAAAAAACAAAACCAUACUUGUUUCAUUCUAGUUCACCUUCGAAUGGUAGUCAAGCUGCUACGACCGAUACUGCAGCGAAGAAACAACAAAAUCAACAUGAAGAAACAGCAGCACAAUCGGUAAAUGCCGCUGUCGGUCAUGCUAAUAAUCGACAGGUAGCUGUCGGCGUCGGCAGUGAUGUUCAACACCAAGUUUCAGCAGCAGUAGCACCACCACUGGAGGAAAUCGAUAACAUCAUGCCGACUAAAUUGUUCGAUGGAACAAGGACAUCGUUGAGAGACUUGGACCAAGCUGCUUGCUCCUACCUGUGGUUCCGACGAAUCAAAGAGAUUUUUCUCGUCAUCGGAGACCAAACGGAUGCAUUUUCAUGUUCUGAUAUGACACUUGCUCGAGAUGAUAUGAUUGAAACAUGUGAACAAUAUCUCGCAAAUACAAAACCACAAGGCGGCGGAACUAAUUUGGACGAGGGUAUCUCUCUUGAAUAUGCAAACCAAAAACUAAAGCACGGUGGAGAUUUUGUUGUUGUCAUGUAUGAAAUUACUAUCGAUCCAGCAAUACCUUGCUCAGCUUUUGCUGAUAUUGAAUCAAUUUCAUUUCAUCCUCGAGAACGAGAAGUUCUCUUUAAGUCGAAAUCUGCACAACAACAUCUUGCUUUACUCUAUUAUAAUAUGGGUAAAGUCGCUUAUGCUCGACCCGAUUAUGUGAAAGCUAAGAAAAAUUUUGAUAAAUCCGACCAAUUCUUAUCGAAUAAAGACGAAACAACAGUUUCGAACGAUACUCUAGAAAAAUGUUUACUCGAAGCUGAUUUGUUAAUCGCUAGGGAAUAUCUUAAACAUACACAAAAUCGAAAACAUGCACACCAUCGUAAACAUACACACCAUCAUAAACAUGCACAAAAUCGUAAACAUUCAGCAGAAAUCUGUGAAAAACUUCAGGAAGCACUAAAAAUUUAUGAGUCCAUGCUGCCUUCUACUCAUCCCAAAGUGGCUGAAACUCGGAUUAAUAUUUUUUAUGAAUAUGUUGACAAAAGAAAUUUUCAAUUGGCUAUCGAAUAUCACGAGAACGGGCUUAAGCAACAUUUAGAAUCUUAUGAAAAGAAAUAUAUAAUAACUCAACAAGAGUUGGCAAAUCUGUAUGCAAUUAUUGGCGCUUGUUUUGUGCAGAAACAUAAGUUUGAUGAUGCUAUGAAAAUGUGGAAGAAAGGCAUUCAACACGAGCAGAAAACGUUUCUCGACCAACUUCUCUCAUCAGCUCGAGUUUCUAGAAUCAAACUAGAUACACGAUUGGUUCAAAAUGCUUAUCGUGCUGCGAUCGAUCAUUAUGAAAACGAUAAUAAGAGUGACUAUGCAAAAUUGUAA